GUAGUGUGAAUUUAAGCUGAUCAGCCAAUGAUUAAACACAUUCACUAGUUAUUUACUAUUUGAUACGCGUACCAAGUGCUCGGUGUAAACUAGGGCCUAGAGCUGUGUCAAAUAACCUACAACGAAAGUUCGGUUGACGGCACGUUAAAUCACAAAAAGAAAAAAUAUAUAUUUAAAUUAUUUAAUUUAAAAGAAGAAGAAUUACGGAUGUAAAAAACAGUCCAAAAGAAGAAAUACUCUCUUCAUUUAAAGCAAGAAAAAAUUAUUUUAAUUUUGGUAUGUUGAUUAGAUUAAUGUAAUUUAAUUGAUUCUAAUUAUGUUAAUAAAAUAUUUUCCGUUGAGAUGACAAUGACGAAAGAACCGUCUACUAUCGUCGUGACAAUUUCAAGAAUAAACAACUUGGAAGCUGAAAUGCUUAGAAUGUCUGAUAUAAAGCGCUACGAUACAAGAAAUUAUGAUUGUAGACAUAAUUUUUAUUUUUAAUCAAACUUUAAUUAUAAAGCGAACAUGCUUUCGAAAUACGUAUUUCUGUUGCUGCUUGUUUGCACAGGAUGCAUUCUGUUAUUUAUCACCUUGGUAGAGAGAGGAUUACGUCCACAGAAUCUAAAAAUAAAUUUAAUGCAGCUUCAAACGGUAUACGAGAUGACCGGCGAAUCACCAGGAGUCUCUAGAAUCAUAAUCGGACCAUCAUCGUGCAACGCUACUUUUCUGAUAUGGAUUGUCACAUCUUACGCGGGUGAACUUUCAGCGAGAAGCGCUUUACGGCGAGCUUAUACCGUUGAAGAACUGCAGGCUCUAGGGAUUGGAAGAGUAUUCCUUCUUGGCACACUGAACGACGAUGCCGAAAGAAAGACGCAUGUGCAACAGAAUGCACUGUUGGAUGAGUCGCGACGGUUUAACGACAUACUUCAGGGAGACUUCCUGGAUACCUAUAGAAACCUAACUCGCAAGCAUCUAAUGGGUCUUCAGUGGGCGGUGACCAAUUGCAAGGACGUUAAAUAUAUCAUGAAGAUGGACGAUGACAUUGUUGUAAAUUUGUACGGCAUACUGGAAAAGUUGCUUUCAGAUACGAUACAGGAGAAUUCUCUGAUUGGUUACACAAUGAGAAAUAUGAUCCCUGUACGAGAGCCAGCUAACAAGUGGUACGUGAGUAGGAUGGAAUAUGCGGAUAGCAUUUACCCGGAAUUUGUAUCCGGCUGGUUGUAUCUUGUGCAACCACAGGUGGCAAGUCGACUGAUCGAUCACGCAGAGUCUUCCCGCGAAUAUUUCUGGAUCGACGACGUAUUCGUUACCGGCAUCCUGAGACGAGCUCUGAAUGUAAGAAUUCAAAAUAUAAGCGAAUUUUACACAACGGACCAUCGGUAUUUGGAAUGUUGCAUGAAGGGCAGGGCGAGUCUGCUGAAAUGCGAAUUCCUGGUCGGUCCUAACGGCGGCAACGCCGAGCUGCAGGUGAGGUUUAAGGAAUUUGCCAAGUUCUGCCAGGCAAAUUGUACCGUCCGCAAGGAGAGUAAUCUCGUUGGCAAGACCUGUGUAGUGGCGUAUAAAGAACCAAGUCCAUACAAAGGUGCUGCACAAAUAAGUCCAAUCAGAAUUUUAUGAAAAAACAGUUGAUCGGUAGGCAGACCAGUGUGAUAUUAACAACACAUCUCAAUAUACAAUUUUAUUACACAGAA